AUAAUAUCUCCCAACUGCAAUGGACCCAGUUAUCCUCAAAACCUCCAUUUACCCUCAACCCUACUAUCUCGCAGGUAGCACAUCAAACAAAGAAGCAAGAAAAGGGGGUAUUAACAUAAGCUUUGGAAAUAGAUCACAAGCAGUAAGGAAGAAACAGAGAGACAAGAAGAAUAGUUUUGGAAUGGAAAAAGUCGUGGUACUUGAGCCAGCCAGAAGAGAUGAUAGGGUAUUUUAUGGGAGGAAGUAUAACCUCAGCACAGGCAGAUUCAGAAAACCUAAAGUCUUCCGCGAUUAUGAAUAUGUUGAUAAAAGCUUGGAUCAGACUCAGCCGAUAGUGCAUUUGAAUGUGAUUAAUCAGAAACACAGACUUCCGAAGAGAAUCAGACAAGCAGAGGGAAGAGCGAAAUCUAAGAAUUUUUCUUAUAAUGGGACUCAAUUUACUAUUAUUGCCAAGCCUCAUCACAUAAGUCCAAAACGCUCAAAAAGGUCAACAUCUCCAACCCAGAAAGUGAGAAAUAACAACUCUCCUAAAAGAAAGACUAAGAAACAUUAUUUUGACUACAACUCUCAAAAUACAAGAGGCAAGACAGUGAAAGCAACUUCUCAAAGCGCAUUCAGAAACCCUAGGAAGCAUGCUUCCGUUCUUCACAGAACUAAUUCCUUUGAGAAGAAAAAGAAGUGGCCUAAAACCACUACUCAGGAUAGAUCUAAGGAGAAGACAACUAAGCAGCCAAAACAACCAAAGCAACAACAUCAGUCAAAGCAGCCCCAGAAGCAGACCCAUCCGACUGAAGAAAUAGUCAAUAUAUCAACUGAAGUAGAGAACCCCAAUAUGGAGGCUAACCCUCCUAACUCUGGAGAACCUCAACCAUCUGAUUUGGAGAAAUUGGGAAAUAAGUUUCUCGAAGCCAUAAAUUUCUUCAAUAUGGAGCACAGAACAAAGCUUGAUGAAAGUUCAGCAAGAAAAGUAGUGACAAAGGUAAUCCAACAAGCCUUCCAGCUCAAGCACCCCAACCCCCACUUAGCCAACUCCAUUUUCACCCCAAAACCCACUGGUCCUUCCAGACCCCCAAAAACCAGUGCUUACAAAGAAGACGCCCUCUACAGUCAAAGAAAAGCCCCGUUUGAGUCUAAAAUGACUUUUGGACAUCCUAGUAGAAGAUCAGUGCAGGAAGAGAAGGAAGAGAAUGUAGAAGCGGUGGUAGUAGAGGAAGAAAGUGUGAAGGAAAGUGAGGAAUUUGAAGAGGAUACUAAGUUUGAUCAGGAAGUUGACCAGAAGAAGGCGGGGUGGGAGGAAAGUAUCAGUUUCAGCAAAAUGAAUUCAGAACAAAGUCCAACAGAAGUAUUAGGCUCCGAACAACUCAAUGGAGAUUAUCAGUUGAAUGACAGUCUGACUGCCAAUGAAAGACACCUACUGAGUUUCAUGAACAGAUUUCCAAACAAUGACCACAAGGCAGCAGCAGAAUAUUGCAAUAAUAUUUUUAGUGUAGAGCAAAGAAGAAUGACCGAGCAGGGAGUAUUGAGUAAAAUCAAUAGCCUCAAACAAAGAAGUCUUCAGAGGGAAAAGUCAAGAAGGCUCAAUACUGAUAUUAGUGUUUUCGCUCCGGAUAAAAGAAGCCAUAACCCAGAGGAAACUAAGUUUUCAACUAAUCAUCAUUUAAGAGAUGCUGAUAUGAGAAAAACUGGAACUUUUCAUGCACAUAAUCUGAAGAGCAAUAAUCAGCUUGAAAUCCCUCAGGAGAAUUAUAAGAGAAUCAACACUGAUAGUAACAGAGAUUUAAGCAACAAUUUCAAGUUCCAGCCAGAGAUUAAUGAACAUUUUCAGAGAGAGCAGGACGAGGAAAAAUCUAAUAAACAUACAGAGGAUAAUAAAUACAGCAAGAAGAGCUCCAAUCUUGAGAAGAUUCCAGAAGAAUCUGAGCAAUUGUUUAGCGUUGUGCCAUCUGAGUUUGAUUAAUUUUGCUAAAUCAAUUCAAUCCAAACAUUA